AUCAAUAUGGCUUCUGGGUUAUUGUCGUCCAAAAGUAGAUGUGGUUUUGAUUCAGACUGGAACGACGUUUCUGCCUCAAUUGAUUUAUUUCUUGUGGAGCAUGAACGAAAAUUGGACGAAGGACGACUAAGGUUUAUAACAAAAAGUCAUUGGAUAUCUGAUAAAGAAAGAAAACAAUGUGCAAAUAAAUUGUGCAAGGUAAAUUUUUCACUGACGGAGAGGAAACAUCAUUGUCGCAGAUGUGGGGAAAUAUUUUGUCAUAAAUGUACGUCGUUCACUCAAAGAUUGUCCUUGCUUGCUCAAAGAGAUCCUGACGGAAUUCUUUACAAGGUUUGUAUUUUGUGCUUCAAUAGAGAGGGACAAUUGUUUGGUAAGACUCGAUCACGUAUGAAAGAAUUCCAAGAGUCCCGUUCACAAACAUUGCAGAAAGGUCGUGACGCAACUGAUUUUGUAGAUUGUGAUAUAACCUCGACAAUAUCUCAUAGAUUAGCCAGGUUAACAUGUAAAUAUCAAGAACACGUGACUGAGGAAAAACCAAGUAUGGUGGAUCUUGUGACUGUACCAUUGUGGCAAAUACCAAAGAAUGGCUUGAAAAACUUACGAUAUUGCUACCUUUGUACAAAGAAAUUCAACUUUUUACGCCCUGCUCAUCAUUGCAGAAUUUGUGGCGAAGCUGUAUGUCUGGAAUGUUCAAGUGAGGAACUUCUGCUGUAUUGUGAUGCAAUCUCAGGUAUUUCUUGUUGGGCUAUACUUGAUGUUGCGGGCUGUCCACCUGAACCUCCUGAAACACGAGAGUGCUUGCGGUUAUGUGCGAGUUGUCACAGUCAUGCAGUUCAUAUUCAAGUUCAAAAUAUGAUCAAAGAACGCCAGGAUAAUGAAGGAACUGUACUCAAGAAUGUUCAAAAAUAUUAUGAUCAACUCAUGAAGUUAAAACUCAAAAUCAAUGAAGUUUUGACCAAAUAUCAAGAGUUAGUCAACGCAAUUGAACAUGAAAGAGAUUUGACAAAUAUUAUUCCAAAAGGAGGAAGCACUACCAAAAUACUUGCAAAAUAUAAUUCUGAUACAUCAGACCUUUUCACUCAGUUUGCUAUUGACAUGCAGGGUUUUAAGAAAGUGAAGCCAAAAACAACCUCCCAGUUACAGCUUGUUUCAUCCAUCAUCAAUGCCAUGUAUGGAUAUUACUCGAAGAAUUUUUACACAUUUCGUGAUUUACAACGGUCUCUUGAAACUACUCUGGGAUACCGAGCAUUGGAAAGUGUACAAUUUAUUGUUGAUUAUCAGACAAUCAAUUGUACUUUUCUUGCUUUAAAACAACUUGGUUUAGAAUGCCUCGAAUUGUCUCAGAAAUACAACAUUGAUUCUCAUAUGGUGUCGCUACUAGCUCUCUGUGAAGAUGUUUGUAAACGUGAUUUACAAGAGGCAGUGAAAUCGUCUGGUGAAGAUUGGAAUAAACACGAAGAAAGCACGCGACAAUUUGUAAAACUCCAACUCAAAGAGAAGAAAUUGCUAAUUUGUUUGAAAAAGACAAAGAGUACGGAAAUGGAAAAACUGGUAUUACAGAAGUGUGAUUUAUUUCUCCUGAAAGUUGAAAGACAAUUGAAUGCUAAGGCCAGAGUCAAUAAAUUUACACGUACGAAGGAAUCUUUGCAAACGACAAAAGUUCAAAUUGAAGAACUUUCCUCAAAGAUGGAAAAAUAACGUUUAAAUGGGCAUGCAGUCAUUGAAAAUAAAC